AUGCGGGGACCCACUCCGGUUAUCCUGCUGAAGGAGGGCACGGACACCUCCCAGGGGAUCCCCCAGCUGGUCAGCAACAUCAAUGCCUGCCAGGUGAUCGCCGAGGCCGUGCGCACCACGCUGGGGCCGCGGGGCAUGGACAAGCUCAUCGUGGAUGACCGGGGCAAAGCCACGAUCUCCAACGAUGGUGCCACCAUCCUGAAGCUCCUCGACGUCGUCCAUCCGGCCGCCAAGACCUUGGUGGACAUUGCCAAAUCCCAGGAUGCAGAGGUGGGAGGGGAGCCUGGCUGUGCUCGGGAGCCUGCUGUGAACAAGAUCAAAGACAUCGCUGUUUCCGUGAAGAAGGAAGAUAAAGACAGAGGAGACUUGCAGCUCUUGCUGCAGUCGGUGCCAGUGUUAAAUCUCAACAAUUCCUUGAGGAUCAGAUCCCUUUUUAGCUGUUGCCCAGUGGAAGGUAGAGAGUUCAUAGCAGUAAGGAAAGGACCCCUUCAGCUGAGUGAGCAGAGGAGCCUCCUGGAGAAGUGUGCAGCCACAGCCCUGAGCUCCAAACUCAUCUCCCAGAGCAAGGAGUUCUUCUCCAAGAUGGUUGUAGAUGCUGUCAUGAUGUUGGAUGACUUGUUACAGCUCAAAAUGAUUGGAAUAAAGAAGGUGCAAGGAGGAGCUUUGGAAGACUCUCAGCUGGUGGCCGGAGUCGCCUUCAAGAAGACCUUCUCCUAUGCUGGGUUUGAGAUGCAGCCCAAGAAGUACCAGUCCCCCAAAAUUGCCCUCCUGAACGUGGAGCUGGAGCUCAAAGCUGAGAAGGACAACGCUGAAAUCAGAGUCAACACUGUGGAGGUAAGAGCCAAAGGGGAGCCUGCCCUGCUGCCUGAUCCCUGUGGGAUGUGACUGCUUGUCCAGUGG